AUGGUCCAUCUGGCCCAAUCUGUUAAUGUUCCUACCUCUCGAGUUGAGGCUGUUAUCCCCGGGAUGAUUGAGAGAGCCAUAGCUACUGCCUUAGCUCCUACCUGGGCUAACUUAAGAGAGCACCGAGAGUUGAGUGAUGCGCAUGACUUUGUAUUGGAUGCCCUUACAGUGAGACUGGAGUUUCAAGCCAUUUCUGAGAUUCCUCCGGCUACUACGACUGGAGAUGUUGUUGUGGCUGAUGAAGAUGCCAAGCUAGAUGCUCCCGAGACUGAGGAGGAGGAGAUUGGUACACGAGAUGCAGCAGUGUAUGAUGAUUUAGAGGUUCUCGAGGGGCGAUAG